GACAUCAUUGGCUCCAAGUAUGCCAUCAAAAGCAAACAUUUAUGGCAUUCCUCUCAAGUCUAUUGUCUGGCGUUUGACAGAAGCGGAAGAUUUAUAUUCACGGGCGGCGACGACGGUGUGGUGAAAGUGUACUCAACUAAAAGCGAUCGACUCGUCCACUGUCUGUCCGAUGGAAGCGAAGCUGAUUUCGCCGAAGAAGUGGAGUUCGUGUGUCAGUCCAUAGACUUCGAUGACUCGCAAUACAUAAAUCUCGAGUCGAAGACAGAGACGUUUGCCAUACAAGACAUUGCCGUCAACUACGAGAACACUCUGAUCGCAGCCGCCAAAUACACCGGUUGUAUUAACGUCUGGAAUCUCAAGACUUUUAAACUCAUCACAAGACUUGAUGAGCAGAUCUUUCCCAUUCGCACCGUUAGAUUCUCUCCAUUUGCUUACGAAGACGACAAGAAGUACUUGAUUUCCGUAUCGACCGAUGGAUUCAUUUAUUUCUACGCAUACGAUGUGAAUACACUUGAAUUCACGCCAAACUCUGUCCACCGAAAGACUAAAUACGAUAACGAGAGAGCCGUUAAUAUUUGCUGUGAUUUCUCGACGGGAGGCCUACUGUUAGGCGUUGUCCACACGUUUGGUAUACCG